AUGCCCACAUUUGUGCGUCGUUUAGUGAGCAAGAACAAGAAGAGAUUGCAAGAAGACAACUUUGAUCUAGACCUGACUUAUAUUACCGACAAUGUGAUUGCAAUGGGUUUUCCGAGUGAAGGUGUAGAAUCGAUCUAUAGAAAUCCACGUGAUGAAGUCGUAGAUUUCCUUUCAACGAAACAUGGAAACAAAUAUAAAGUCUAUAACUUGUGCUCGGAAAGAGACUAUAAAGAUGAAAUCUUUGAAGGCAGAGUGGCUCGUUUUCCUUUUGAUGACCAUCAAUCUCCUCUCUUUGAUUCGGUUUUGGAAUUUUGUGUUGAUGUUCACGAAUUUUUGAGCGAUGGAAAGAAUAAUGCUGCUGUGGUACACUGCAAAGCAGGAAAGGGAAGAACUGGAGUAAUGAUUUGUUGCUAUCUUGUAUUUAGUCACACUUGUAAAACUGCGUUAGAUUCAUUGCAAUAUUAUGGUGACAAGAGAACAAAGGAUUCCAAGGGUGUCACCAUACCUUCCCAAAGAAGAUAUUGCUAUUACUUUGAACAAUACCUUAGAAAUCAAUUCCCAGUGAGAGGUUCUGUAAAAUUAACUCGUGUAGCAUUGAGACAAUUCUCUAAAUCAACAAAAUAUUUUAUUGCUAUUAAGAAUUUAAAGAGAGAGGAAGUUUUCACAAGCAAGCAAAGUAAUAAGGUAGCUACCAACGAAGAUAGCGUUGUAAUAACGCUCGACGAUCCAAUCGAAUUAUCUGGAGACUUCAAAGUUUGUUGUGUGAAAAAUGGAGUUAAUGUUUUGAAAUCAGGAAAUUUGUUCCAUUGUUGGCUCAACUCACGAUUUAUUACAAAUUAUGUUAAAAACGCUUGUCCUGGUAAUGGUAUGGGCGUUAAUACUUAUCACAGCUCAUUGGAUGAUGCUAUUCCUCUGAUAAAAAACAUCAGUUUAGGAGCUACAUCAGAACAGAAAGUUUCACCAGAAAAAGAUGAAAGAUUGAAGAAUGGACGAUAUGUCACAGUUUCAUUGGCAAAGGAUGAAUUGGAUGGUCCUCAUUCGGACAAGCAUCACAAAUCUUUUGCUGAAGAUUUCCAAGUUGAUUUAACCUUUGAAUUAUGCAACAUGGAAAAUGUUGAAGAUGACUCAUACUUACUUGGCCUCAUCCCAAAAGAAUUCCUUUCUGAUGAACAAUCCAAGAGGCUCUCAAAUUCUCAAACACAGAGAAGGCAAUCUGCUGUCACUCGAGGACUUAUUAUUGACAGCCAUGAUGACACUGUUGAAAUCAUUGAUGAAACUGCUGAUAGUGUAAAAACACCCAAAGCAGAAGAUCAACACUUUUUCCAAUAG